UUUAACGCACAUACACACCCACACAAAAUGGCAGGCUUUAAUGUUUAGUCUCUAGUUCACGUGAAAAACAGGUUGCAUUUGGAUACACACCGCAGAUUCAAUUUUGGUAUCAUCAUAUCACAUCUAUAAGUAUAUACGACGCAUAUGUCUAUACCUCCCAAACCAAACUGAGAUGAGUUUUGGAGUUCGUCUUCUUUUGUUUCUCAUACUAACCCUUCCACUUGUUACAUCCUCUGGCCGCAACACUCUUUCUGUUUCAGGAAUUGGGAAGACAGGGGUAGCAAAAAGAUUAUUGAUGGUGAGCAUCGAGGAUUAUGGUGAUCCAUCUGCAAACACCAGACACGAUCCCAGCGUUCCAACCAAUGCAAAGGCUGACACAACACCUUAAAAGUCGUUGAUUUUACUUGUUUACUCUAUGUUUUUUUUGGGGUAAAAUUGUGUACUCCAUGUUGAAUAUAUAUGUAAUAAUAUCUGCUUUGAGCGAGUUGUAUUACAGUCA